UUGACAAAUAUUCUUGCGCUAAGAGUUUGUUCUUAAAUCUAAUGUUACUUAUAUGACAUUCGUUACAAUGAAGCUUUCAAAAAAUGACAAUGGCCUAAAAUAUUCUAUAAUUUUACUAGAAAAAAAUCAAAAUAAUAUCAGUAUUUGGUAUUAGUGACAUGUUAAAUUUGGAAAACUAUACAUCAAAUUAAUAUGUAACACGUGUACACAUGCGAGCACGCAGAAAUUACAGUACAACGGUCACACCCCAGAGGCUAUAUAAAGAGGCUCUGUUCCCACAACCUUAUACUCGGUCUUCUUCUUCAUUUUGAACUGUAACACAAUACAGAGAGUGAGAGAGACAUAUAGCAAACCAAAGUUUCAAACCCAUUUCUGAAAUCGCAGUUCUAGUAAUAAUUUCUCCAAAAGGUUUCAUUUUUGUUUUUUGGGUCUCAGUUUUCUCAACCAUGAAGAGGCUCCAAGGUUUCAAGAUCUUUAAAUGGAUAAUCCGAAGUAGAAGAAUCCAAACCGGGAAACGCCAAUGCCUAACCGGAAUUCUCAACCCGGUUUCAAGAAUCUGCUCUUUAGCACGGUGUCUACGUCGUGGAGCCAGUAGACUGUGCGGAGGAAAGAAAACGGUUCAGACCCGGUUGGGUAACGACCCGAAGUCGCUGGGUAUUCCCAAAGGUCAUUUAGUGGUUCACGUAGGAGAAUCAGGUGAUGAUACACGGCGCGUGGUGGUUCCGGUGUUUUACUUUAACCAUCCUCUAUUCGGAGAGUUGCUGGAACAGGCGGAGCGGGUUUACGGGUUUGACCAACCGGGUCGGAUUACGAUACCUUGUAGGGUAUCGGAUUUUGAGCAGGUUCAGAUGAAGAUCGCUGCAUGGGAUCAUUGCCGACGUAAGUGGAGUUUCAAGAUUCUAUAGGGUUGACUUACUAAAAAUUAAAUAUUUUUAGUUUUUUUAUAUUUCCUGAGAAUAAAGUCAAAUGUCAAACAGAGAGAUGGGGAACUUUUCCUUACAAGGGAGUUCGUAUGAUUAGUCCAAGUGUCCAAUAGAUAUACAGAUUUAUAAUAUAAUGAGACAGUUUUCUCUUUACUGAACAACAUUUAUAUCACUAAACUAAAGAAUACUUUGUACAUUGAUGACCGAAACUAAUAUAUAUUUAUGAAGGUCAGAAACCUUUGUUUCUUCGAUUUUCUCUGUGGGUCGGACCUACAAGUGUAUUAUGAAGUUCAUUUUUAAAUGAGGUUCAUCACGUUAUAUGAAAAAAACAACAAUUAUAGUUUUUUCAUAUUGUAAACUGUCUUCGUUUAACAUGAGUUAGGGUUCUUUUCAUCAUUGUCUUAGACAAGUCUGAGUUACAGAGUUGCGCUGUGUGUCUGUUCGUAAUCUAUUUUUUCACCGGUGAAUUCUUCAUCUCUCCAUCUUAAAUCGCUUGAUCUUAAAUGUUUCUGAUUCGUAGCCUUUCUGUAAACCCUAUAUAUAUGAUUCUCAUCUUUGAUGAACCCAAUUUGCAUCUCCACAAAACUUAUUGAUUCCUCUUAGCUUUAACGAUCUUCUA